AUGGAGCGCUUUACUCCCACGCCGGACUUGCGCAAGGGCCGGCGCAAGAUCUCCAAGACCCGGCAGGUCCGGGACCUCAGCGUGCUGCCGCCCUGGAUGCGACGAGAGCUCAUGUCGGAUGAGGACUACGUGGUCAACCCCGGCCGCAGCGACUGGGACAUGAUGUGCUGGCUGCAGCCGGUGCGCUACGGGAACCGCACCGCCACAGAGACGCCAGAGCGAAUGGGCCAAGCCUUGUCGCGCAAGGGCUCCAGAAGCAACCGUCCCACCCCGAGCCCGAGCGAAGAGGACCCGGUGUUGCUGGUGCAGCGUGCCUGCCGAGCCCUGGUGGAGGAGUACGGGGACAAGCAAGAAGAGGAUGACGAGAAGCGAGACGACGCGCGAGAGACGAAGGAGCGGCCCUUGUCCCCGGAGAAGCACGACAAAGUCCUGGAGAUACUGCAGAAGGACAGCCUCCUGAAGGAGCCUUUGGAAAGAGUCCUGGAGGAGGAUGAGGAGGCUGGAGGGACCAGACCGGGCCACGACUUCGUUUUCAUCGCGGUUUGCUGCUUCAACAGGCAGGAGUCCUUGUACCUUGCUGGAUGCUUCAGCAUCGCAUGUUGGGCCUAUUGUGGUGAUCACCGUUUCAUCUUUUCCAUGUGGGUCCCCAAGAAGCGGACGAGUCCUCCCGGCGCCCCGCUGCUCCGCUGCCUCAUGGCACGGCUGCCGGCGGCCUUGUGGGGCUCCGUGGAGGGCCCACUGCGGCUGCUGCAGACCAUGGGCCAGGUCCGAGUCACGGGGGGCUGGCUGCGGGACAAGAUGUUGGAGACCCAGGGCAUCAACCCAGACGCCAACGCCCGGUGGCAGCGCCUCCAGGGCCUCACGGGCCACCCCGCCGGAGAUAUCGACCUGGUGGUCGCUGGCCAGUCCAUCACCGACUUCUUUGCGCUCUGCCAAGAGGACUCCUUCCGCGGCCUGCUGCGGAAGCCUCCGUUGCUGGUGCCUGCCUCCGCCGCCGGGCGCGCCGCCACUGUGAAGCUGCUGCUGCCGGAGGCCUCCAUAGACAUCACCAGCCUAGAGGACCGUGCCCCCGGCAGGCCGCUGGAAGGCGCGUUGGAGGAGGACUGGGGCCACAGGGACGCCACCUUCAACGCCAUGUACCUCGAGGCCAGUGAGGAGGUGGCGGACCCCGCAGGCGGCCUGUGCGAUUUGGCCGCCGGCCUGGUGCGGUCUCCUCACCCGGGAGGCCCAAAGGCCUCUUUUGAGGAAGAUCCAGUGCGGCUGUUGCGGUUGAUGCGCUUCUCCUCCCGGUACGGCUUCGAGCUGCACGAGGACAUCCGCAAUUCGGCGGCCUUCACGGAGGAGCAGGGCUCGUCCGGGCGGGUGCUCAAUGAGCUGAAGAAGGCGCUGCUUCUGCACAAUCAGCCCUGGCGCUUCUUGCAGCUCUGCGGUGACUGCGAGGUUCAAGCUGCGCUCUUCGGGCCGUGGCCCGGGCCGUGGCCGCGCGCGGUGAACAACGUGGCGCGCUUGGGCACUUUGCUGCUGCAUGGCCUUGCCGAGGGCCACGUCACUGCGCGCUCCGCCCGCUUCCGGGGCCGCAUCCCUGGAGGCCUGGUGCCUGCCUUGAUGCGCCCGGAUUGGCGGAAGCUCGGGGUCUGGGAGAACGACUGGGUGGAGCUGCUGCUGGCGGCCCUCUGCUGGCGCCACAGCGCCGAGGACGUGCGGCGCUUGGCCGGGCGCCUGCAGCUCUCGCAGACCAUGUGCCCGGCGCCCGGAUGUAUUCUGGCCAGGUAA